CGGUCAACCGAAACUUGAUUCAUUUUACCUGCAAAAUCGAUUCGAGGUGGUCGCAUAAAGCUUCGCGCGCGUUGGUGAGUCAUUUGUCCGAAAAAGUUUACGCGCGAGUUUGGGUUUCCCAUAUUUUUUUUUUCGGGGCUAGCCCAGACAACAGGCAUCCUAGGUGUGAGUGUGGUCCCAUCCUGUUUCGGGUUUCAGAACGAGAAGAGGGCAUGUUUUGGGCCACUGAAGUGGUUUGAUUGCGUGUGACAAACAAAUAACAGAAUAGAGUCAAGCUAUCUGUAUUUCACGGGGCCACUCGUUCAACCGAAAGUUGGUGGUAACUUCGCGAGUUCAGUUGGUGAAGAGCCAUCAACGCGGUUAGUUUGAAGUGUCGAUUAGUGGGUGCAGAAUCGGUUUGGUUUGCGUAUAGUGAACGCUGCGAGUGUGUGUGUCUAUUGCCUAGUGAAGUUCGAUGGGCCCGGAAUGAGGAAAUCAGCUGCACUGGUGUUAUCGAUAGCUACUGCAUUAGCUCUAGUUCACGGAGGUGGGACCAAUUUUGUGGCUUACGAUGAAGAUUUGACCACCAUUGGUGAUCCCUCAGAUUAUCUGCAGGAAGAUGCACAACGAAAGGCAGAUUAUCACGAUGCCAUCGACAGGCUGAUUGCAUCGGUGAUGAACCAGACUGAGGAUGCCGACGCAGACACCGACAGUCGGAAGAAACCGCGUGCCGACCCGGCCAAGGUCAUCAGCGCAGACGCAGAGGAAGACAUAUUGAAAUGCGCCACUAACCGUCAGCCACAGCCGAUCAAGUCCGUGCCAUCGCUAACCAUCAAUAAAUGUUGCCCGCCGGGGGAAUCCUUUCUGCACGAGAGUAUCACCCGCUGUCAGUCUGGCCUUCGAAGGCCACGGUUGCCCAUCGUUAGCCGCGAUGUGAUCAUCUUCGACCAGACAUGCUUCGAAUUUGGUCAGUAUCUGAAGUACAACGUCACAACGAAUGGGACAUGCAUAGGAAAGCGCUUGGUGUUCAGCAAUGACGGCGCAACGUUCACAUUAAUCCAGGAUGGUUCGCUGAUGGUUUCCAACGGAAACCAGAUGGUUCUCUACCGGGACUAUUGCGUUGAGGAAACUGGAACAACAGUGCUCGCGGCGUUUGUUUGUGAUGAACUUAACUUUCCGGAUCCGUUCGAUCUGGUCGACAAGCUGGUCAUCGGUUCGGCACUGGUCGCUCUCUUUCUAGCCGUACUAAUCUACGCAUUCGAGAAGAACUUCCAUACCACGUUCGGGAAGCUGAUUAUGGUGCAUGUAGGGCUGUUGUUCGUGGCUUUACUGCUGGAAGUGGCACUGACGGAAUUUGAGGAAGCUUUCUACUCAACGAUUGUAUUUAUUUUAAUCGAAGCAUCGUACGUCGUUUUUGUUGCGACAAAUCUGCAGCUGCUGAUGUGCAAUCAGGGAGACUUUCAAAAGAUAGACACACGCAAUCUGGUCUAUAUUGCAUUCGGAUGCUGUAUUCUUUGGGUGACUGCUGUGCUGUUUACUCUGUAUUGUAAUGAGAUUCUAGUCGUAAUUUGCACGGUAUUCAUCGGUCUGUUAUUUAGUAUACUAGUAAACCUAGUUGUUCUUAGAGGAAUCGUCAACCGUAGACAUCAUUUGUUAAAUUCCAUGGAUAGCACUUACGAAAUCGCCGACAGUAUGGAAUUUACCGGUUUCGUCCAGUACAGGCGAGAGUUAACCAUCCUUUCGACAAUUGCAGCCGUCCUGCAGUUACUGCACUGGAUCGUAUUCGCGGCUAGCCGGUACAGUUUACUCUACAGUCUCAGCUGGUGCGGAUUGACCGUGUUCGUUGUAUUCGUUUGCUUCCGCUAUCGAUCGAUAACGGUGCUUUCGGUGGGCGGCCGUCGUAGUAGUAAUUCGAAUGUACUACGUCAUCGCCAUCAUCAUCAUCAACACGAGCACCAUCACGAGGAAUCCUCCUCCCAGCAUCACGAACAGCAACAGGAGCAGUCGUCGUCGCCGCCAGCUUCGCCGCCACAUCGGUUCGAGGAAUCAACCGGCAAUGGAUUCUAUCACGAGAUGGAGAAUGGGUAUCAUCAAAUGCAACCCAACUCCCACGGCCACCGCCAUCGGGUGGAUAAUCAAAAACAUCCGUCCCUCGCCCCCGUAGCGGAAGAAAGUGGACAAUCGGGAAGCGAGGAUAGAAGUAAAUGAAAAGGAACCUGCGGGGGGUAAUGACCCGCAGAUUGUGUGAUUAACCAUGAAUCACGUUCAGGUGUGAUACGCUUUUUUGAGCUUUCAAUUAUAAUUAAAUUUUCAUUGAAAACAGCUUAUUCUCGAAAUCGAUUUCACCGGUACCUUUUUUGAAAUAUUUAAUUUUCUAGUAGGUGUUACGGUCGUGACCUAUUUUUCGCUUUACAUACAAACACGCGCAGUCUGAAAAUUCGA